UCUACGUGCGACGGGGCGUACAGUCCACUUGUUGGCCGAAGUCAGGGGAGAAGCCUUAAGACGGACCCCAAAAUUGGAGAGCGUUCAAGGGGUUAGUUAAGAUGUGAACGCCGUCGGCGGGGAUCGGACGCUCGGGUCAACGUCGCCGCGGUUGCCGUCCGCAUCCUGUAUUCAAUUCAAAGUUCAAGACGACUUGAGGAAAAGGUCAUCAAGCGACCGCGAGCCAGAACAUCUCCUCGACCAAGGAGUUUCAUUUGUUCCAUGGACAAGCUUAUGGCUCAAUUUACUUGGCCCAUAUCAAAUCCAUUUUUCCCCGUUGAAAUGAAUUGAAAUGUCAAUAAUCCGUUCCAGAACGCCCAAAGCAUUUAUGCUGCGCUUUCAAUCGAGCAAAAUAGUACUGUAUUGUCUGAAAACCUAAACGUAAAAAACAAGGUGGGCAUUUACUUUGUUCUCUCGAAUGUCAUGUAACGGAACAGUUCCUCUGUUAAAUGUAACAGAGGAACUGUUUAUUGAUUGAUUGAAGUGACUGUUUGCUGUUUCAAUUGUACUGGUCAGGUACUUUUUACUUUGAGUUGAGUAUUUUGGUGAAGAAGAAAGUUUUGAACUGAACGCAAGGUCCCAAAUAUUUCCCAUUGUGGGAAGGUUGGGAACAAUCAGAAGCAGAAUCCUCUUGAUUUGCCAAGUAUGUCCAAAACACACAAGGAAUUUGUCUCCGCUCGUUGGAGCCGCUCGAGUACGACAACAGAAAACCAUUUUGAGAAAAAAUGACUUUCGAGACAUCAAAACACGGUACUGAGAGUCACUGAGCAAUCGGAGUUUAGCGGUCAUGCGCUAAUGCUGAUGCAAUGGCCGUUGUGCAAACCAUGCAGAGUCCUCGAGCAACUUGACGAAUAGAGCAAGCAGGAAUCUGCUACGGUGACAAUUCUGCAAAGGGGGCAGGCAGAUAGUUCUCGACAAAGUCCUGAAAAUGAAGAACAAGCUAACUGACGAGACAACAAGGCACACCUGGACAAAACACGAGCGGCUGGAGGGAGCUGAUUAGACCGGUAGACGCAAGGAACGGGGAUAACGAGAGCAGGUGGAAAGAAAAACCUCACGAGCAAGACAAGACAUGAACCCAUGAAACAAAUGGAAACAACAACACAGAGCAGGACAGUAAGGUCCUCCGACCUGGCCCCUUCAAAAGCUUCGUUCUCUCUUUAUUGGGUCACGGGACUUUCUUUCUACCUAUUAAUCACCCCGACCCAGAAUCAUGUUUCCCGGUACCGGUUGCGUAGCUCAAGCUCGCUUCUAAUUCAAAAUUUGGCUCUCUUCACAAAGGAACAAACUAAGCAAGCGAUAGCUCGUAACUCGAGAAGAUCGCAAGUCGGGGCACUCGCUGAAGAAGACGAGAGCCGCCGGGGGAUCGUACAAACAUCCCGGUCGGUGGACGUCGUGUCGACACCGAAGUUGGGAGAGGACAAAAUCCGAGAGGCUCUGCGGGAGAGUCUGGAGUCAAAGGAACGUCAGCGAGGAGUCGUGCAGAUGAAGCGGCUGUCGGUACCAAAUGUCACGUUGGGCAUUUUGGACCAUCGUGCUCGCUGCCUGGGUGUCACCCAAAUUGGUUUGGAACAGAUCAGACCAAAAAGAAGUUCAUUUCUCAGCUGGCUGUCCAAAAUGAUGAAGCGUUUGGCAUUGUGCGUCGUCAACGUCAGCUUUCGGCCCUCGGAAGCCGAUAACCAGCGAGACGACGAGGUCUUUGCAGAGUCAGAGCGGUCAGAAGCUGCCUUUGCUGAGUCAGUAGAUCCACAAAUCUCCAAGCCACUUACCCCCCAUCGAUGUCCCAUCAAUGUGCCUAAAAUCUCUGCUACCAGCUUAGAUGCCCUAACCGGGCCUCCUCCCAAAACCAUCCAACACGCGGUCCGCUUGGAGACGCAACCGAAGGAGGAGCAGCAGCCGGCGACCUACACCGUCCCGGCCUAUCCUCACGUCCGCUACUCGAACCGGAGCAGAUGGACCGGAACCCGUUCCCGGUCCCGGUCCCGCCCGCCUCGCUCUCACAGCUGCAGUUCGCUCGGACAAGGGGAUACCAGCCAGAGCGUGAGGCCGUCGGCCAGCUUACCGGACCUGUUCCUCGUGGACUUUGAGCACUUCACGCCGGACAUCACCUUGGGGGGACCCAAGGAAACGUACCGCUUGCAAUGCCCCGGAGCCGGCCGCUACAAGUGCACGGCCACGGGUCUGGUCUUCGACGUGGACGGGGAAGGGGACGUGCUUUACAGCGUGGUCCCCUGGGACCCGGACCUCCUGGCCGGCCACCGCAAGAGGCCCGCAGGCCCGCUCUUCCACAUCGAGUGCGAGCGUCUGACAGUGCGGCAACUUCACCUUCCGCACUGCGAGAUCCUGUCGGCGGAUGAGCGGGGCCGCCGCCUGUCCGUAGGCCACGUGAGCGGCGAGGGCCUGGAGCUGAUCGCCCCCAUGGAGACCACCGUGACUCACGUCAUUGCCGACAUCUCGGGCUGCUCCGCCUUCGGGCUCAUGAGAGACGAGGACGCCCCUCUCGUCGCCGUCCGAGCCAUGGUGGCCAUCUUCGUGGACCCCACUGUGCCGUCCAUCCAGGUGUUUUUAAUCCCGGAGAACGUGGUGCUGGACGCGUUCCGGCGCCAGAGGGCCAGAAACAACUGCAACGAGAGGUUCAUCGAGACGAUCUCGGACUGCAUCCUGGUCCCGCGGCGGCAGUACACGCUGGCCAGCAGGAUGGAACCGAACUCGGUACUUAUUCAACCGGACAGUGGGACUUUUUACGAAAUGUCUCACAACUACAAUCCGACGUUCCAAAUAUUUCGAUUUGGCGACCUGGAAUCAAUCCAUCUGACCCUGACGGAACAGAAUGGCGUGGACUGCGUCUGGGGCGCCGUGGUUCCUUUGGUACGAGCGGCGCAGAGGCGGCCCGGACCCUUGGUUGAAGAUCUGAGAGACGUUUGGUCCGAGUUCAUCAGGCAGGUAUCGAUGCCGGUCCUGGAUCGUCUGGUGGACCGCCUGUUUCAGGCCCGUGUUCUCGGCGAGGUUGACAGAGCAGCGAUUACCGGCGUCACGGAUCGAGGCCACAAGGCGCGGCUCCUCCUCUCCACGGUCAUGAACAUCGGCGCACCCGCUUGCGAGAUGUUGGUUACGUUUCUCCGUGAGGACGACCCCUACAAUGCCAAUAGUCUCGGUUUGGCGUGAGCAGAGACGUCGCGGCGGGGCAGGCGUCUUUGGGCCCUGAGACGGCUGACGACGGCCCCUGUCAAAGACAAAACCAUGGCACGGCUGUCCAACAGCGACAUUUUUGCGUAUGUUUUAUCAACAAGGUUUAUUCACUAAAUUCAUAUUCUGUAAGCGAAUGGUUAGCUCGUCUGCCUCACAGAACAGUUCUGAAGACCGGGGUUCAAAUCCCGGCCCCGCCUGUGUGGAGUUGGCGCGUUCUCCCCGUCCGUGCCCGCGUGGCUUUUUCUCCGGGCGCUCCGCUUUCCUCCCACAUCCCAAAAACAUGCGCGCUAGGUUGAUUGAAGACUCGAAAUUGCCCGUAGGUGCGAAUGUGAGAGCGGACGGUUGUUUGUUUCUAUUUACCCUGCGAUUGGCUGGCGACCGGUUCAGGGUGUACCCCGCCUCUCGCCCGAAGAUAGCUGGGAUCGGCUCCGGCACGCCCGCCACCCGCGUGAGGAGAAGCGGCUCCGAAAAUGGAUGGAUGGAUGAUAUUCUGUCAUUUUUUUCAACAUUACAGUCCCGUUACAGUGAAUGGAUGAAAUAAAUCGAUAUGGCGAGGAA